AUUUCCACGUGUUCUUUUCCUACCUUCUUUCUUUUUUCGCCGCCAUCUUGAACGAGUCAAGAUGCCCAAACCAGUUUGCUCGAAAACCUUCACGACCCCGCGUCGUCCCUUUGAAAAAGAACGCUUGGACCAAGAAUUAAAGAUCAUUGGUGAAUAUGGGCUACGAAAUAAACGCGAAGUAUGGCGUGUGAAGUACACUUUGGCCAAAAUUCGUAAAGCGGCCCGAGAAUUGUUGACCCUCGACGAGAAAGACCCACGUCGUUUGUUCGAGGGAAACGCUUUGCUACGUAGGCUUGUGCGAAUCGGUGUGUUAGACGAGAGCAGGAUGAAGUUGGAUUACGUUUUGGGUCUCCGAAUUGAGGAUUUCUUAGAGAGGAGGCUUCAGACUCAAGUUUUUAAGUUGGGUCUAGCAAAGUCAAUCCAUCAUGCCAGGGUGCUUAUAUUCCAGCGCCAUAUUAGGUGGGUUUUUUGAGGGUGAUUUGUAGGUGUGAUAUGGUAUAUACCAUAAAUUUGAUGGUAGGUGCCACAAAGUGUUAUGGUAUAUGUCAAAAACAUCAUGGUGAAUUAAAAAAUACAUGUAUAUACUGUACCAAAAUAAUGGUAAAUACCAGAGAAAUGAUUUACUAUAAUCCACACUGCUAGGUUUGCGGUUUUCCAUGUGCACUGAAGAUCUUUGCCAGAGCAUGCAAUUUUGUCAUCCUGGUGCAUUGAUUUUUCAGAGAAGAAAACUUAGCAGUCUGGACUAUAGAUGAUAAAUCUAUAGGUAAUGGGUAAGACUGUAUGGUAAAACCGGUACCUUAUUUAGGCUUAUAACCAUUAUUAAACUGUAGACUAUAAUGCCUUUCAGAGUUCGUAAGCAGCUCGUCAAUGUACCAUCCUUCAUUGUGCGACUGGACUCCCAGAAGCACAUUGAUUUCAGCUCUAAGUCACCAUACGGAGGAGGCCGACCUGGCCGCGUCAAGCGCAAGAAUAUGAAGAAGGGAGCGCAGGGUGGAUCUGGUGGAGAGGACGAAGAUGAGGAUUAGAAAUGGUAAUUUGUGAGCCCCCCACUGUGAAAUCUCACCCUGACUUUGUACAGCAGUGACGUGCUGCACCCCUGUUGAAGUCUUAAUGCUCCCAUAUCACCUCCCAAUUUAAAGCACCCCUUAUUCAAUAUCAUAGCCCUGGAAAUUCUCAUGUAUUUUCUAACUGAAUGUCUUGUACUGGAUGGUUCCAACAGCAACUGUGAACUAUUCUUAGAGGUCAAGUAAGAACUAUCUCUUGUUCGUAUAGUGUUGGUACAGGAGGAAAUUUACAGCAAUUACACCAAUGACUGCACCAGAAUAUGUAGUUAGAUGAAAUAGUAAUUUUUUGAAUUUCUUUUUAGGCAUUUCAACAAGACUACUGACAUGAAGAAAACCAUGUGUAUAUGUCUUUGUGAAUACUGAAAAUUAAUAAAUAUUUCUUGAUGCCAAUAUUUGUUGUUAUUUUUUAUAAGUGUCUAUUGGGAG